CCUCGUGGUCUUCAAUCUGACGAUCGCUCCUGUGCACCUCGGUCACAAAUGUAACCGUUCCUACAGAUUACUACUCUCUAUCAUCGAAGUACACACGUCAGAAGACAUAGCUUUGAUCUAUGGCUUCUGGAAUCAGCAUCUUGGUCGACCCAGGACGACGCGAUACAGCCAAUACCAACAAGGAUGAGGACUCGAUCGACAUCGUCGCAAUUCAUGGGAUCGGAGCCCACCCGGAUGGGACCUGGACCGGGAGAGGGCCGGCAGAAGAAAAAGUCAACUGGCUCACGAAUUCCGAUAUGCUUCCCAGGGCGGUCCCUACUGCUCGCAUAAUGCGUUUCGGCUACGAAUCUUCAUGGUUUAGGUCUGAUAAGGACGAACCAAAGAAAAAAUUUGUCUCCGACGUGGCUGAAAUGCUGCUCAAACAAUUGGAGCUCAAUCGUCGUGAUACUAUUCGGCCUGUAAUAUUCAUUGUACAUAGCUACGGUGGUCUUGUGCUCAUGUAGGCUCUUCGAAGUUCCUUCGACAAUCCCGAUAGGUGGUCAAAUCUCUUUCGUUCCGCAGCUGGUCUCAUAUUUUUCGGAACCCCCUUUCGAGGACGACGAGGCCUCUCGCUAACGCAGAUCGUCGAGGCCG